UCAGCCCUCUGGCAACCUCGUUAAUUGUUUACACACCUCACGACGCAAUCAUAAUGAGACGACGUAGCGACGCAAUCGGAUCGUAUCUCGUUCAAAGCUCGAACCGUGCAGAGAUACUGGCAUGCGAAAUUCGAAUCGCCGAAAUAUGGAAUUGUCGUCGUCGGAGAAGAAGCUCAUCCUCGUCCAGUGCGAUCCAAACGGCGUCGCUCUGAUCACGAUCAAUCGUCCUGGUUCUCUGAACUCGUUGACCAGGUCGAUGAUGGUUGACGUGGCCCAAGCAUUCAAGAGGCUGGACGGGGAUGAUUCGGUGCGAGUAAUCAUAUUGACUGGCUCUGGUCGAGCAUUCUGUUCAGGUGUGGACCUGACCGCGGCGGAGGAUGUUUUCAAGGGUGACGUGAAAGACAUUGAGUCCGAUACGGUCGCUCAAAUGGAGCGCUGCCGCAAGCCGAUUAUCGGGGCCAUUGGAGGGUUUGCCGUGACGGCUGGAUUCGAGAUUGCGCUGGCUUGUGACAUUCUGAUUGCUUCGAAAGGAGCUAAGUUCAUAGAUACCCAUGCGAGAAAUUGCAGGUUUGGGAUUUUUCCUUCAUGGGGUCUCUCUCAGAAGCUUUCACGAAUUAUAGGACCCAAUAAAGCCCAUGAAGUAUCUCUUACAGCAACUCCUCUGACAGCAGAAGUAGCUGAAAAGCUGGGUCUUGUGAACCAUGUUGUUGAAGAAGAUGAAGUUUUGAGGAAAGCUCGAGAAAUUGCGGGUCUCAUUUUAAAAAAUAAUCAGGGCAUGGUGUUGAGGUACAAGUCAGUCAUAAAUGAUGGCCUAAAGCUAGACCUUGGUCGUGCUCUUUCUCUGGAAAAGGAGAGGGCUCAUGAGUAUUACAAUGGAAUGACGAAGGAGCAAUUCAGAAUGAUGCAGGAAUUCAUAGCAGGUCGAAGUUCAAAGAAACAAUCCAAAUUGUAGGCUUACCUUGUACUCCUUUCUCAUGCUGUCAGAAUGAUGUUGGUUGCCCCAGGAGGUGGAUCUUGCAGUCACAAAUGGAAGAUACAAAAUCAGCACUCAUAGUUUAUCAUCCUAAAACGAACUACAUUCCUUGCAAUACUUGUUUGGUUUUCAAGAAAUAGGUUCUUUCUCGAGUCAUUUCUUAAAUAUUUUAUUUUUCUAAUUUAUUAAGUGGUUGUAUAUUGUCUUGGUAUGUGUACUGCCAUGAAAUGGGGUUGGCAGAUGAUGUAGUCUCUGCAAUGCACGUCAAAAUAAGCUUCUUCUUUUUUUUUUUA